AAUACUAUUUCAAAUAUCUAAGUUUCAAGUUUCUUGACACCGCGAAUCGUUCACAGCCGCGUCAAUACAUCGCCAUUAAAAUAACGUGAAUGAAGAAGAAACUGAAAGUAUAAUCAUAUACAAUGCCCCACCCAAAUCUCAAGGGCAACCGAGCCCUCGAAAUACUCGACAAGGCCCUCGCAGGAAAAUAUGGUGUCCCCGGAAUGUGCUGUUACAACAUCGAAGGUAUCCUAGCCACUGUCCGUGCCGCAGAAGCCAAAAAGUCACCAGCCAUGAUCCUACUUUUUCCCUGGGCAAUUCAAUAUGCCGAUGGUUUACUCGUUCACGCAGCUGCAGAAGCUGCUAAAAAGGCAAAGGUGCCCGUCACGGUACACAUGGACCAUGCCCAAUCGCCCGAAAUCAUUCGUUAUGCGGCAGAUCUCGGUGGUUUUGAUAGUAUUAUGGUUGACAUGAGCCAUUAUGAGAAGGAGGAGAAUCUGGCCAAGACCCGCGAGUUGGUAGCGUAUUGCCACGAGCGCGGCAUCGCAACGGAAGCAGAGCCUGGCCGUAUUGAAGGUGGAGAGGAUGGCGUGGCAGAUACCGCGGACCUCACGGGUCUUCUAACAACACCCGAAGAGAGCCAUGAAUUCGUUGCCACGGGUAUUGACUGGCUUGCACCGGCUUUUGGUAACGUCCAUGGUUCCUAUGGACCCCGUGGUGUUCAAUUGGAGUAUGACCGCUUGGAGUCUAUCAACAAGGCUGUGGGCGACAAAGUGCGCAUUGUACUUCACGGCGCGGAUCCAUUUACAACUGAGAUCUUCCAGAAGUGCAUCUCACACGGUGUCUCCAAGAUCAAUAUAAACAAGGUUAUGAAUAACGAGUACCUACGAGUACAGGCUGAGAAAGCGGGCAAAGUUCCUUUGACUACUUUACAUGAAGAGGUCACCAAUGCCAUGCAAGCGGCUGUUGAAAGAUGCAUGGAUAUGCUAGGAUCAACAGGAAAUGCUUGAAUUAGUUAUGACUUAUGCUGAAUAGAAUAUUCAAUGUAUUGUUGGACUUUCUUCCUUUCUUCUCAAUUGCAGAGUGAUACCUGCCUACCUGCCUGCCUAGGUUGGUAGAUGAUUUGUCCAGUUGUUCUAUAGGUGCUAAGAAACAUUUAUUUAAUCAAUAUAUGCCGACAGACCAGUUCCAAGGUUACCUAGGUACCUCAAAUUUAGAUAUCCUAUAUGCCCACAGAUACUGCAGUAAAGUGAUACGCCUAAAACACGGAUGCACCAAAGAUUCCCUCGAUUUGGGGGUUUCAAGGCCAGAUU